GGUGUUAGUUAUACCUGGAAUCCUCCGUCUUUGCUGGAAGUAGAAAAAGGAAAUCUAACUCCAACUGCAUUUUCCUCUGCACAUUCAAUUUCUUUCUUCUACCUCCAUUUUCUGUUACUAAAUUUAACCUGAAACCAUUCAUAAUGGCUAUCUCAGUACCCACCUCUGUUUCUAAAGAAUCAUUUCUUUUCAAUUCAAAAAAUUCAUUGAAGAACAAUACCCAAGUGGUUCAGAUCUACGGGUCUCAGCUGAAACCGGUGAAAUUUGAAGAUUCUCAUUUCAAACAUUUGGGUUUAAUCAAGAGAAACCAGGGUUAUUUGAGAUUGGAAGCAUCAAGGGACUCGGUUUCCUCAACUCGAGUAGCGCCAGUUAAAGAAAUGGAGAAGAAACCAAAUGAUCAAACUUUAGAUCUCUUUAAUGACAUGAGAGAAAAGUUUUUAAGCUUCAAAAGAUUCAAAUACUUGGAAAAGUCUGAUCAUUAUCAGAAACUUGUUAAUGGACAAGCACCAAAGUUUAUGGUGAUUGCUUGUGCAGACUCAAGAGUAUGUCCUACUAGCAUCUUAGGUUUUGAACCUGGAGAAGCCUUUGUUGUGCGAAAUGUGGCUAAUUUAGUUCCUCCAUUUGAGAAUGGACCCACGGAAACUAAUGCUGCUCUUGAGUUUGCGGUCAAUGCUCUCAAAGUUGAAAAUUUAUUCGUCGUUGGUCAUAGUUGUUGUGGAGGCAUUCGGGCACUUAUGAGUAUGCAAGAUGGUGUACAUUCAAGUAUCUUUAUCAAAGAUUGGGUUAUUAAUGGGAAACAAGCAAGAACAAGCACGAUGGCUGUUGCGGCAAACCUCGGUUUUGAACAGCAAUGCAGGCACUGUGAAAAGGAAUCUGUUAAUCACUCAUUGGUGAACUUGCUAAGCUACCCAUGGGUAGAAGAGAGAGUACGGAAUGGGUUGCUGUCUAUUCAUGGUGGCUACUAUGACUUCGUCAACUGUACAUUCGAAAAGUGGACUCUUGACUACAAGGGAAAUAGUGCAGAAGAAGAUGGCAAAUAUGCAGUCAAAGAUCGAGUUUUUUGGUCUUAAGCUAUUCGCCCCUUCAGUGUUCCCCCCUUAUGAUUGGGAUUAUUAGGAAAACAAGUGUUUAAGACCAUCAAGUGUGAUAAGUCCGGCAUCCGUUUGUUCCUUAUCAGUGUUCUUUGCUACAUUAGCGAGCAGGGGAUCUACCGAGGUCGCGUCUUCCAGUUAUCUUCUGAUAUGUAAUGUAAUUUUAUAGGUAGCAUCCUCCAGUUAUUUUGUGAUAUGUAAUGUAAUUUUAUAGGUCGCAUCCUCCAGUCAUCUUGUGAUAUGUAAUGUAAUGUACCCUUGUUGUUGUUGUUGUUGUUGUGCAUUAAUUAAAUUGUUAUUGUGUAAUUUUGAUAAUUCAAGUGAUAUUAUCAAUAAAAUGUGAUUUUUCUCA